AUGCGGCGGCGCUGGUGCUGCGGCACUGCCGGGGCGGGCUGGACCCGUGGAGCUCCCUGCAGCUCUUCGGCCGGGAGCCGUAUGCCAAAGGCAGCGUGCCCCUGGACGAGGACCUCCUGGCGCCCCACCCGCUGGAGGGCGCCACCCGGCGCCUCCUGCGCGCCCCUCGCGCCCCGGCGCCGGAGCUGUGGGAGGCCUGGAGCUCAGGUGCGCAGGCGCUCGAGGCCUUCCGGUCAGGGGACCGAUCCUGGGGGCGUGCCGCCGUACCACCUGGAGCCCAUGCUCGAGGAUAGCAGCCGGGACCUCCUGAGCGGGCUGCGGGGCGCCCGCGAGCGGCUCGAGGCGGCGGCGGCGGCGGGCGAGGGCGCGGCGGCGGCGGCGCAGGCCGCCGCCGCAGAGGUGCUGGCGGGCGCGCCGGCAGAAGGCCUCCGCGGCGGCUGGGCGACGGCUGCUAUCUCCGAGGUGCUCGACGCGGCGGACGCCCUGCGCGCGCUGCGCCGGGAGCUCGGCAAGGCGGAGGAGCUGCCUGCCCAGGAGAGGCUGCGGGAGGAGGAGGGGCUGCGGGAGGAGCCGGCUGCCCAGGCGGAGAAGUUCGCGGAGGGGGGGCCCGUGAGCGGGUUGGCCCUCGUGGGCGAGGUGGAGGCCUUCGUGCAGGCGGUGGCGCUCGGCUGCCUGGAGGAGCUCGCGCAGCAGGGCCCCGAGGCGCCCACGCCGAGCGGCGCCCCGCCGAGGAGCGCGCGGCCCGUGCAGACCCUGCCACACCCCGACGACACCCCGCGCUCCGACUUCUGCGUGGCCCCCUGA